AUGAAUGAAUACACGAGGACUUCGACAUCAAAACGUGGCGAGCAUCGAAAUAGCUAGAUUCCCCUUCGGAAUCGUAUGGUAGGCAUGCCUUAUGCAUGCCUGUCUAGACCCUGGCAUUCGCUGCAGUUCUAUUGCACAUAUCGAGUGUCGCCGUCGACUCCGAGUCGCCGAAAGAUCGAUCAAGGAAGCUGGUUAACAGAAGCCGGGUGUCUCCCCUGUGAGUGUUUAAAAUUUGAGACAAAAGGGUGAUAUAAAACUAUUAUGAAAACGUACCGAAGGCGCGUGGUUACAACACCUUUCGCAUCAUAUAUACCUGUUACAAACAGCAUCAUUUUGGGGCAAUUGCUAUUGUACGACACAACGCGGAAUCACCAGUGCACAGAUGGCGCCAGUGUUGACUCGAAACGUCGUUAUCUUUGGAGAAACAGGAGCGGGCAAAAGCUCUGUCAUUAACCUGUUAGCUGGCCAAGAGAUUGCACACAUAUCGCCCGACUCUCACCGCUGUACUCUGCAUUGGACGGAGUACCAAAUAACCUUCGAAAAUGGGUCUCGAUACAAGGUGUUUGAUACGGUCGGCCUCGAAGAACCUCGUCUACAAACUGGAGAGUACCUCUCCGCAAUUUCAAAUGCAUAUGGCCUCAUCAACACUUUGAAAGAACGUGGAGGUGUCAACCUCUUGCUCUUCUGUAUACGCGGAGGCAGAGUCACAGCAACCAUGCAGAGCAACUAUAGGUUGUUCUUCGAAUUUCUCUGCGAGGAAAAAGUCCCGCUCGCGCUAGUCGUCACAAACCUCGAAAGAGAGUUAAGGAUGGAAGACUGGUACACGCGGAAUAUGAGCUACUUGGAGAAGUAUAACAUCAGGUCCGCGGGACACGCAUGCAUAACUGCGGCGAAUCUUCUGGAUGGGAGGCAUAGAGACAAGUAUGAUGAGUCGCGUGGAAUACUCCGUAGAGUGGUUGAGGUUCAUUGCAACGCAUCCAUGGAAGGGUGGACCGGUGGACAAGGAUGGCUUACUUCGUUCAUUAGCAAGCUUGUGGAAUUUGUCGUUGGACGUCCCAAAAAGACGGAUAUCAUUGGGGUUCUCACAAAACGAUGUGGGAUGGCCAAGGAGGUGGCUCAGCAGGUAGCGCAGCACAUUAAAUACGAAAAUCAAUCGUAGGAUAACUUUUUCGGACUUGUCAUGGACACUAUCGGGUACAUACUUAGUACUAAAAUAUCUUGCAGUGUAUCGCACAUCGUAGUACAACGACCACUUGAGCUAACAGACUAUUGCGUAACGCACCGUAUUCAUUGAAUUUUGCAGCAAUGAGAAGAUCGAGAAUAUUACAACAAGAAUGGACUGCGACGUAUACGUGGUCAACAUAUCUGAAGUUCAUAGGCCCGGAAACACAACCAGCUACUAAACAAAAUCAGUAAAGUUAAGUUGACUCGCCGCUAAAUUGUUACA